UAUUAGUUGCUGCUUUACUUGUGGGUUUUGCAUUUAUACCAUUAUUUUUACUUCGAAAUGAGUCUGGAGUAGACCAAAACAACUUUGUAGAUUUUGGGACCACUUUAAUAGAAAUGGUUAAGUUUCUCGAUAAUAAUUCUGACUCUCUUAAAUCCUGGGAAUAUUUAUCAUCUAUUAAAAUUGCCAUACUUCUUUUUAUACUAUUUGUUGUUUUAUUGUUUAAUAAUGCACUUAUUUCAUUAUUGAGUAUAAAUAUUGAAGCUACGUUUGAAAAGGGCGAAAUUAAAUUGUACAAAAAAAUAUUAGAUUUGAAUAUUGAUGUUGAGAAGUGUCUUUUAACUUCUGGGGAGAGAAGACGACUAGAUUGGUUUCCAACUUGGUUGACAUAUAUUGUGAAUGAAGAUGAAAGAACAGAAUGGGAAAAAUGGAUGAAAAAGAAUGAAAAAGAAUGGAAACAUGUUCUAGCAGAUAAGUCUAAAUCGAAUAACAAUGAAAGUAACAAUGAUAUUUAA